AUGGGAGAAUUAGAGAGUUAUUCAACUGAUACUGACAGACCAAAUAUUAUUUAUUCUGAUGAAAUAGCUUUAAACCAACAAGAUUUUCCCAAAAGACCUUUAGACCAAGAUAGCAAACUCGGAAAACUUGACUCCAUCAAAAAGCCAGUUGCUAGAGGUGAUUCGGUUAAGAAUUUGAAAAGACUUGAUUCUAAUAGCGGUUCUGUAACUGUUAAAAAACCUUUAACAAGAUAUGAAAAAUUUCAAGCUUGGAUGGUUAAUGAAGGAAAUCGAAAAAUAUUUUUUACAAUUUGGAUUUUACUUCAUGGAUUAGUUUUUUCAAUGGCGUUUUUGAAUUUCUUAUUUAGUGAUAAAUUGUCAACAGCUCGUAAUAGUUUUGGUAUAACAUAUCCAAUUGCUCGUUCCUCGGCCUUGGUUUUACAUGUAGAUGCAGCCCUUAUAUUAUUUCCAGUUUGUAGAAAUUUGAUUUCUUUAUUUCGUACAACUCCAUUAAAUACCAUCAUACCAUUUGAUGAAAGUAUCGAGUUUCAUAAGGCUAUCGGCUGGUCAAUAUUAUUUUUCUCUUUGGUACACACAAUUUCUCACUGGGUAAAUUUUGCAAGAUUGACUAUUGAUUUGAAUGAAGAUUUCAUCUAUUUUUUGAAAUUAAAUUUUUUAAGUGGUCCUGGCGCAACUGGUUAUGUUAUGUUGAUAUCUUUGCUUAUAAUGGUCUAUACAGCUAUGGAUAAACAGAGACGUAGAAAUUUUAAUAUGUUUUGGUAUUUGCAUCAUCUAUUUGUACCUUUUUUUGGUGCAUGGGCAUUCCAUGGAUCAUUUUGUAUGAUAAAACCUGAUAGACCACCAUUUUGUGAUGAAAUUGCUUCGUUUUGGAAAUAUUGGAUAGCGUCUGGUACAAUUUAUAUUGGUGAACGUAUUUUACGUGAGAUACGUGCACGUCAAAACACAUAUAUAUCAAAAGUUGUUAUGCAUCCAUCAAAAGUGGUUGAAAUACAAAUCAAAAAAAAAAGUAUUGUGACCAAAGCAGGUCAAUACAUCUUUUUAUGCUGCCCUGCAAUAUCUAUAUUUGAAUGGCAUCCAUUUACUUUAACCUCUGCACCAGAAGAAGAUUAUAUAUCUGUACAUAUAAGGACUGUGGGUGAUUUUACUAGAGAAUUGGCAAAGAAAUUAGGUUGUGACUUUGAGGAAGAAGAAAGAUUACGUAAAAAAGCAAAGAGUGAAAAUCGUGUUAAAAGUACUUAUGAUGGAAUUGAUAUUUCAAUAAAUAGUCCAGAGUUGAAGAAAAUUUUACCUAGAGUGAUGAUUGAUGGUCCUUUUGGUAGUGCUUCAGAAGAUGUAUUUAAAUUUGAAGUUUCUAUAUUGAUUGGUGCUGGUAUUGGUGUAACACCUUUUGCAAGUAUUCUAAAAAGUAUUUGGUAUCGUGUAAACUAUCCAAAAAAAUCUACCAAGCUACGUAAAGUUUAUUUCUUUUGGAUUUGCCGUGAUUAUGAUUCAUUUGAAUGGUUCCAAUCAUUGUUACUAGCUAUUGAAGAACAAGAUAUUGAUCAAUUCAUUGAGAUCCACACUUAUCUUACAGCACGUUUACGAGAUUCCGAUAUUGGUAAUAUAUUAGUGAAUGAUGAUGGUAAUGUUAAAGAUACCAUUACUGGACUUCGUGCACCAACACAUUAUGGUAGACCAAACUGGGAUAAGAUUUUUUCAAAAAUGAGGGAUCAACAUCCCUCCACUGAUGUUGGUGUAUUCUUUUGUGGACCAAAACCACUGGGAAAAAUAAUAAAUACUAAAUGUAAUUUAUGGAGUCAAGGAUUUGAAGAGGGCACAAAUUUCGUUUAUGGAAAAGGAUAUAACGAAAUUCAAGGAUUUGAAAAAUCUCGUCACGAGGAAGCACCUGAACGUACGUGA